AUAGAAUUAUCGAUAAUUGCGAAGUAAAAUCCAAAGACAUAGCUUACACAGUUGCACGUGUUUUGUUUUUAUUAAUUCAAUUUUACCUGAGACCAUUAUCCUUUUGCCAAAAUGGGCAAAAAGAACAAAGCUGGCACCAAUCUGGGACGCCAGCUAAUUAAAGAUCGUUUUGGCCACACACCACGCCGCAAAGUGGACAAUGACACAAUGCUGCACACAACAGAGCUGCAGGAUGGUUAUGAUUGGGGCCGCUUGAAUCUCUCGUCUGUAACCGAAGAGUCGUCGUUCAAUGCAUUCUUGCGCACUGCAGAACUGGCUGGCACAGAAUUUCAGGCCGAGAAGCUUAACAUUACAUUUGUUAAUCCGAAACAGCGUGUGGGUCUGCUUAGCAAGACACAGGAACAGACUAUGCACCAAAAGCAUGCAGAGCAUCGUGAUCAGCUGAAAAUUCCACGUCGUCCCAAAUGGACCAAAGAAACCAGCGCUGAUGAUUUGGAGCGUGCCGAAAACGAAGCCUUUCUUAGUUGGCGUCGUGAUUUGGCGCUGCUCCAGGAGAGCGAAGAGAUCCUUAUGACGCCAUACGAAAAGAAUUUGGAAUUCUGGCGCCAGUUGUGGCGUGUCGUUGAGCGCUCCGAUGUUGUUGUCCAGAUUGUGGAUGCACGUAAUCCGUUGCUUUUUCGCAGCGUCGACCUGGAGCGGUAUGUCAAAGAGGUGGACAGUAACAAACUCAAUAUGAUCUUAGUAAACAAAUCGGAUUUGCUAACGCUGGAGCAGCGACAACACUGGGCACAAUAUUUCGACUGUGAGGGCAUACGCACAGCCUUUUACUCCGCCACAUUAGUUGAGGAGGAGCUAAAGCGUGAAGCUGAGGCCGCCAAACAUGCUGUUGAUUCGCCAUCAUCGGCGCUGGAGCUUAAGCAGCUACGCGAAGCGGCUGAGGAGAUUCAAGAGUCACUGAAUGCGGUCGAGCACACAUUGGACGCCAUAGAGAAUAAGAUGAAAGCAAAACCGACUAUGGUAACAGAUCCCAAGCUGCCCAGGUUGCCCACGGAUAAGAACAGCGCACAUCUGCUGUCACGCACAGAGCUAAUUGAGUUCCUUCGUCACAUCUACACGGGUCCGAGGCACACUGCACAGCAUGUAACCAUCGGCAUGGUGGGCUAUCCGAAUGUGGGCAAGAGCAGCACGAUUAACUCAUUGAUGACUGUGAAGAAGGUUUCGGUAUCUGCGACGCCCGGCAAGACAAAACGUUUUCAGACGCUUUUCUUGGACAAUGAUAUUUUGCUCUGUGAUUGUCCCGGUCUGGUGAUGCCCAGCUUUGUGCUCACCAAGGCUGACAUGUUACUCAAUGGCAUACUGCCCAUUGAUCAAAUGCGCGAUCAUGUGCCCGCCGUAAAUUUGCUCUGCGAGCGUAUUCCACGCCAUGUUCUCGAGGACAAGUAUGGUAUUGUGAUAGCCAAGCCCCUAGAAGGCGAGGAUCCGGAUCGUCCGCCGUUCUCUGAGGAGCUGUUGCUUGCCUAUGGCUAUAAUCGCGGUUUCAUGACUUCGAAUGGCCAACCCGAUCAGGCACGGUCAGCUCGUUAUGUACUGAAGGAUUACGUCAAUGGCAAACUGCUAUUUGCUCUUGGCCCACCCUCUGUUAUUCAGUCCGAGUAUCACAUAUUUCCAGAGCGUCAACGUAAGCCUAUUGAGGAAUCACAGCUGCCCGGACAACAGCAACGUGCCAUGCGCAUCGAUAAGAGCACGUCCAAGGAACUAGAUCAACAGUUUUUCACCUCGAAGCCGAGCGUUGCGCAUGUAAAAGGCCGCACCAACUUUCCACAUGUGCGUCUGGCAAACGAUGGCAACUUGGUCACUGGCGAGGCACCAGUCAAGCCCUGGCGCAACGUCAAAAAGGAGCGACGCGAGAAGCUACGCAAAAAGUUCUCCCACCUAGAUGAGCACUAAUUGGGACAUAGAAAAUACACAGACCCGGCGUUGCAGUUGGCCAAGAACUUGUCGAAAGCCCAUCCCCACUGCUCUUAAAUUAAUAUUAGUAUAGGAAUUAUUUUACGUGCCUCUCUAACGAAUGUCAGCUCUUAGAGAUGACCUUUGCAUGGCUCAACCAAGUGUGCAUACAUUAGAUGUUUACAUUUGUAAAAUGGUGCUAGAUUGGCAACUGAAUCAUUGAAGUAAAGUAUCUUUUUCCUUUUAAUAUUCACAAAAUAAUAAGUCAAGAAGUUAAAGGAACAACAAAGUCUA